CUUAUGUUAAUCACUCGAUUCUGCUUGACUCAAGACCGGGGUGGGCUAAAAGCCGACGAGUACAUCAAGCCCCAAACCCCGCACAGAAUCCCACAACUCAAGCACACAAUGGACGGCAUGCAACAACCGCACCCUGAACCAAGCGACUCCGACUCUUCCGAAGAAAGCCCGCUUGCCAGCAUAUCCCCCGAAGAAAUCACCGUCGCGAUCUUCUGCGCCCUCCCGCUAGAGUCAGUAGCCGUGCGCUACGCCCUCGACGAAGAAUUCCACUGCCGCCCGCGAUACAACCCGCAAACCAAAUACGUCUUCAGCUACGGGCGCAUCGGCGAGCACAAGGUCGUGCUCGCGCGGCCGCAUCAAAUCGGCCCCGUUAAGGCAGCGCUCUGCGCCGCGGCGGUGGGCCAGCUGUUCCCGAGCGUGCGGUUCGCACUGAUGGUGGGCAUCGGGGCGGGGAUUCCCGGCCAGCGGGAUAUCCGGUUGGGGGAUGUUGCGGUUGGGGUGCCGAGAGAGAAUCAUCCGGGGGUGGUGGAGUAUGAUCUGGGCGAGGAAGACGGCGGUGCAUUUGCAUCCAAGGGGGUCUUCAACAAGCCCCACCCGCUACUAGUCAGCGCGGACGGGUGUCUGGAGGAGGAGGAGAUCAUGGGGCGGAGUUCACUCCGGAGGAUUCUGAGGUCCAUCACCAGGAUGCCCGGGUAUGGGCGCCCCGACGCCGCUGCAUUGGAUGUGCUAUACGAUCCGACUUUUCACCAUGUUAACAAGGGGGCGGAUUGUCGCGGGUGUGAGGGGUCCUCGGAGCGCAAGGUGGUCGCCCGCGGAGUGCGGGCCACGAAACCGAAAUACCCGGUUGUGCAUCGCGGCCUGAUACUGUCUGGUGGUGGCGUAGUGAAAAGCCCCGAGCAUCGAGACCGUCUCCGCCGCGGCUAUGACGACGCCAUCUGCUACGAAAUGGAGGCCGCCGGUAUCGUGGACGAGAUCCCCUGCCUCGUAAUCCGCGGGAUCUGUGACUACGCGGAUACGCACAAGCAGGACGGGUGGCAUCGGUACGCCGCGGCGGUGGCAGCGGCGUACUGCAAGGCGGUGCUGUGCAAGAUUGAUGGUCCGGAUGAACCAGCGGCCGCAACGGAGCAAAGGACGAGCGAUGCGAUCGGGGAGUGUGAGUUCACAAUGUCGCGCCACCACCCCCAGUCGGGCAAUUUGCCCUGGUCGGAUGCCGCGGCCGCCAUCCCCCGUCGCUUGCUGCCGACUUCGGAUAUUAACUCAAGCUCACUGUGCCAGGACACCACAGGAUCGCGUGGACUGGUGCAUUGGUAUAACGACUCAGUCGAUCAUAUUGAGUAGUCGUGCAAUUGGGUCCCAAGACCGCAUCGGGGAAAGGGUGCAGGAUCCAAGACCCUUUUUCUUCCUAGUGCGUAUAGUGUACUGUACGUAGUCACCAGCGGCCGGGGGCGGAGAUUAUACGGGCUUGGUCCCUGAAUUACCGAGAUUACAGUUUACUCAGAGGCAUGAUUUCAUAUAUGAUGCUUUCAUAGCGCUUACUGCGAUAUUGUGGAUGUAUCUGUAAUGUCAUUUAUUCUCACAUGCCAGGGAAAAGGGGCAUUGAAGGAGUACGUUGAGACAGUGGUGAAAGAUCAUUUCCCAAUCAGAGAAUGACGCACCC